UAAUGAAAAAACCACACACAAUUAAAACACACCUUCUUUCCUAACCUUUGCUCCCGACAAAAUGCUGAGAACAUUGGUUAAGAAGGAGCAAAAGCGAAUCUUUUCAUCCGAUGACACUGCCAUCAUGAAGCAAGUUUUAGCGACACAUGCGCCCGAUGGUCGCGAAGUCGAUUUGGAAUCACUUCUUGGUGUCAUUGAAGAAACAUUCCAUCACUCUGUUCCCGAAGAUAUCGAUUCCGUCAUCAACCAGGGGACACAUAGUGAGAAUAUUCAUACAUUGGCUGGAGACGAUAAGCAUGCUUUAUUAGAGUUUGACGACAUUACUGGGUUCCCAGAUGGAUUGGCUAACAUCAUCCAUAAAAUUUCCUGCGAGUUAACUUGCAAAUGUUCGGGUGGAUCAGACGCGCAUGCAUCCACGUUAGCAAUCCUGAACAUGCUUUCGAGUUAUUCAUGGGAAGCAAAGGUGGUGAUAUCGUUAGGGGCUUUUGCCAUUAAUUUUGGGGAGUUUUGGCUUGUGGCUCAAUUGUUUGCGACUAAUCCGCUUGCUAAAUCCAUCGCGUUGCUUAAACAUAUGCCAAAUAUUGUCGAGCAUUAUAAAUCGCUUAAAACUCGGUUUGAUGCUAUAAAUCUUCUGAUUAAGGCCAUGUUGGAUGUGACAAAGUGUAUUAUAACAUUCAAGAAUCUACCACAUCAAUAUAUCCAGGAUGAUCAACCACCAAAGUCAACAGCAACAGCUCAUAUCCCUACAGCCACUUAUUGGUCUCUUAAGAGUAUGGUGGCUUGUACCUCUCAGCUAACAAGCCUUUUAGGCAUGAAUUAUGACCGAUACAUUACGGCUACAUCGGAAGCAUGGGAGCUUUCGAGCUUGGCUCAUAAAGUUCACACCAUUCAUGAGCACCUUAAAUCAAUCCUCGUCCUUUGCUAUCAAAACAUAGAGGAGAAGCAACAUGAUGAAUAUCAUUUGAUGUUGGUGCGAAUCUUUGAGGUGACUCACAUAGAAAACACAAAGAUUCUCAAGGCUUUGUUUUGUGCCAAGGACGAUGUUCAUCCACUAUAUCAUGGCUCUUCCAAAACAAGGAUUAAUGUGGAUGUACUAAGGAAAAAGCAUGUGUUGCUGCUCAUAUCAGACCUUGAAAUAUCCAACGAAGAUAUUAUAACUCUCACUCAAAUUUACAAAGAUUCAAAAACACAUUCAGAUCUUCACUACGAGAUCCUGUGGGUCCCCAUUGUGGACACCUUAACAUGGAACGAUUCCCAUCAACACAAACUGGAGCAGCUUCAAUCAAUGAUGCCAUGGCAUAUGAUCCAUCACCCUAACUUGCUAGAACCAGCAGUCGUUAAGUACAUCAAAGAAACAUGGAAAUUUGAAAAGAAGACGAUUUUAGUAACUUUAGAUCAACAGGGGAAAGUAACAUCAACAAAUGCACUUCACAUGAUGUGGAUUUGGAGAAAUCGGGCAUACCCUUUCACGAGCACUAAAGAGGAGAUGUUAUGGAGGGAGGAAUCUUGGAAACUCGAGUUACUGGUUGACAACAUUGACCACAAUAUUUUACGAUGGAUUUCUGAAGGGAAAUACAUAUGCUUGUAUGGAGGAGAUGACAUGGAAUGGAUCAGGAAAUUUACAACAUUAGCAGCAGAGAUUGCAAGAAGUGCAGGAAUCCAUUUGGAGAUGGUUUAUGUGGGAAAGAGUGGAUCAAGAGAGAGAACAAGGAAAUCAAGUAUAACAAUCAGUGAGGAGAACAUAAGCAAUACAUGGCCAGACCCCACUUCCGUGUGGUAUUUCUGGACAAGGCUUGAGAGCAUGUUGUACUCGAGGACUCAACAUGGAAAAAGUAUUGAAAACGAUUCGAUUUUGAAAGAGGUGUUGACCCUAAUGGGAUUUGACGGGAGUGACCAAGGUUGGGCGUUGAUAUCAAAGGGAUCAACUGAGAUGGCAAGGGCAAAUGCGGAAAUGACAAUGACAACUUUAUCAGAGUUUCAGAAAUGGGAAGGAAGUGUACAUGUGAAUGGCUUUGUUGCUGCAUUGAAAGGACACAUGGAAAGUUUGCAGACACCACAUCAUUGUAACCGACUUAUACUUCCUGGGAUUAGUGGUGGGAUUCCUGAGGUAGUCGUAUGUUCGGAAUGUGGAAAGAAAAUGGAGAGAUUCUUUAUGUUUCGUUGUUGUACUGAUUAAGGAAAAGGGUAAAGGGUUAUUGUAUUUUGAAUUGAGUCUGGAAUUGUGAUUUGGUAUUAGGGCCAGUGAAGAAGUGCUGUUACAGAUGUGACACUGGUUCGUAGUUCUUGAAUAAGUAAUCAAUUGUGUGUUAUUCUUCUUUAUAGUUGCAAUAUACAAGAGUGAGAAUUUUAUUUUAA